UGAAUGAGAAAAUGGAGUGAGUGGUGGAGGAUUGAAGAAGGUGAGGUCGGAGUCGAGGGAGCUCCGGUUCUCGAGAGUUUUGAACACAAAAUGGGAAAUUGUAUUGCUAUUUGCAAGCCCAACAGCAACAAAUCUGGUUCUGAAUCAGCUGCGGACGAGCACCGGAAAGUUCUACAGGUUGUAAAGACAGACGGAAAAAUAUUGGAGUUCAAAUCACCAAUCACUGUGAAGGACUUUCUGGUAAAUUUUUCUGGGUUUUCCAUUGCUGUUUCACAAAUACUUUCCAAGCCUCUGCCUCCCUCUUAUGAGUUGAAGCUAGGAAAAACAUAUCAUCUUCUUCCUCCUCCUCCAAGUCCUCCAACUUCCACAGCUGAAAAAACAGCGCAAUCCAAUGGUGUAAAGAGAAUUAAAGUGGUCAUAACAAAGCAACAGCUUCAGGAAUUGUUGUCGAAACAGAGAUCGAUUGAAGAUGUUCUUCUAUCAGGGUUGGAAAGGAAGAGUUCUUCUUCUUCUGUUGAUUCUGCUUCAACAUGUUGGAAGCCUAAGCUUGAAUCCAUACCCGAAGGAAGCGAGUCAUGUUUGACAUAGCGAUUAGGUGUACACAGUGCACGAGACUCCCGCUAUUGCUAAGUCUAGAGAGGAUCAGAUGUACACAGUCUUAUCUCUGUGGGCAGAGAGGCUGCUUUUGUGGUAUUGUAAGUGACUAUUUACAUGGGCAUGGCACGGAAAAAUAGAUAGAAUUAGAGUAGGCUUUGGAAUUAGUAGUACCACCAUUACUAUAUGAUAAAAGGGUUUGAUUUGUAUAUGCUUAGCUUUGGGCUUAAUCAACUUUUAUCUGCUUAAUUUGGAGUGUUUUUUUUUUUUUUUUAAAUCUUUUUGCUGUUUUUAGUUUUUGGGUUAAAUGAGUAGUUAUGAAUUUGAUCCUACUUGGCAUGCAGAGUAGUUUCUUCA